GUACUAAUUUGAACUUUGAUAAGUACCGAUGGGCUGAUCUUAUAUGAUUACUAUUUCUACUAUUACUAUUAUUAUAUAACCCCAAUGUCAAUGUUGACCGAUGGUGGGUGUGGAGUAAAUCAAAUUGAACAAGGCAGAGAGAGAAAGAGAGAGAUGAGCAGAGCAAUGGCCUGUCAACCUCAGACACACACAGCAAACAUACAAAUGAAGCUGCUGUUCUUCUUUGUUUUUUCAUUUUUUAUAUGCCCACAAAAUUCACGUUGUCCUUCACGUCCACUUCGCUAGGAUGAAUGAAUACAAGCCUCACUGCUUUACUCUUCAACUACCAUCCCAAUCCCAAUCCCUCCAGGGCCUCAUCUCUUUUAUCCCUUUUCCUUUUUUUCUCCCCCCCUCUCUCUCUCUCUCUCUCUUUCUUUCUUUCUUUCUUUCUUUUUCUCUCUCUGGAUAGGCUGAAUUUUCAUCGUACUUUUAAAGGAUCAACCUUGGAAGCCAGAGGCGCCAGACAUGAAUUGCCCACAAGAUUGGCCUGAGCCAAUAGUCAGGGUCCAAUCUUUGUCUGAUAGUGGCGUGGUUGUGAUCCCUGAUCAAUAUAUCAAACCAUCAAUGGAGAGGCCUGAGGGGUUUUCUGAGAACACUCAGACGAAUAUCCCUGUAAUUGAUCUCGAAGGUCUCUUUGAUGAUCAGCAUGGUCUUAUGCUGAGCUCCUCCAUAAUUGAGCUAAUCUACCAAGCAUGUAGAGAGUGGGGUUUUUUCCAGGUCGUGAACCAUGGCGUGAGGCCCGACUUGAUGGACCAAGCUCGCGAGGUAUGGCGAGACUUCUUUCAUCUUCCAAUGGAAAUGAAGCAAGUGUACGCAAACUCCCCCAAGACAUACGAAGGGUAUGGAAGCCGAUUAGGAGUAGAAAAAGGUGCCAUUCUUGAUUGGAGCGACUACUACUUCCUCCACUACAGGCCCUCCUCGCUAAAAGAUCAUAACAAGUGGCCUUCCCCACCUCUUGCUUUGAGUAUAUUUUGUAGGGAAGUGAUUGAGGAGUAUGGCAAACAAGUGGUGGAACUGGCCGGGAAAUUAAUGAAGGUUUUGUCUAUAAACCUUGGAUUAAAGGAAGAGUAUCUACAAAAUGCGUUUGGUGGGGACGACAUAGGGGCCUGCCUGAGGGUGAAUUUUUAUCCAAGGUGUCCACAGCCUGACCUAACUUUGGGUCUCUCAUCCCAUUCAGACCCUGGUGGCAUGACCUUUCUGCUACCGGAUCACGAUGUUCCCGGUCUUCAAGUACUCAAGGACCACAAAUGGAUCACUGUUAAACCAGCUCCGCAUGCCUUCAUAGUCAACAUAGGGGAUCAAAUUCAGGUUCUAAGCAAUGCAAUCUACAAGAGUGUGGAGCAUAGAGUAAUGGUGAAUUCGCUCAAAGAACGCGUGUCCCUCGCCUUCUUCUACAACCCGAAGAGCGAUAUACUGAUCGAGCCAGUGAAGGCGCUCGUGACACCGGAUACACCAGCCUUGUACCCAGGCAUGACAUUUGAUCAGUACAGACUUUACAUAAGGAUGAGGGGUCCAAGAGGCAAAUCCCAAGUUGAAUCUCUAAAGUCCCCUAGAUGAAUUAAUGUAUAUCAAUACAUAGCAAGCCAGCUCUAUUGUUCGCUGGUUGUAGAUCAGAUAACAAUAAUGAUCAGUCACAUUUGUCAAUUAUUAACUGUAAAUCUUGUAAUCAUGGAGGGAUUUACAAAAAUAAUAGAAUUGGAACAGAUAGAGAAAUUUGAUGGAA